AGCGCAAGGGGAUAUCAUUUUAAUUGAUGUCUGACAUCAGAGGGUGAACGAUCAGCCGUACGAAAGUUCGAAAUUAAUCUUUGCUGUGGUGAAAACGCGAUAUCUUAAGAAUUAUGGAGACUUGGAGGCAUUACUAUAAUAUCGUUUACAAAAUAUCAUCGCUCACCGGUACGUGGCCAUAUCUGAAACCGAGAGCAAGGAUAUUUCGCGUUGGUGUUAUGACUAUAAUCAUGGGGACUGUACUCGUCCCGCAGUUUGCUUAUCAAUUUAUGUGCAAGACAAAUGUGCAAUGUAUUUGCGAGGCGAUGACAUCGUAUUUACUGACAUGUACUUCUUUGUUAAAAGUGUACACGUGUCAAUUAAAUAUUCGCACGAUCAAAAGCCUUACUCAACACUUAUUCAUCGACUGGAAGGGAUUGAAAACUUCCGAAGAAUACGAGAUUAUGAAAUUAUACGCAGAGAACAGUAGACGAUUUUGUGUGGUGUAUACGGGUGAGAAGCGAUGAGAAGGAUACUCUGUUUUAUUCCCAAAAGUUAUGCAUUUUUUUUCACAAAUUGCUGUUUGUACUAGUAAUCUCUUUUUCACAUAUAUCUAAAUACACGUGUGUCUCCAAUACACGUUUAAAAUCAUGAUUUAUACUUUGUACAUUGCAGUAUAUUGUAUGUUAGCGGUCACUACGUUUAUGUCAUUGUCUCUUGUGCCAUUCGCACUCGACGCGAUAUGGCCCCUUAAUGAAUCUCGUCCCAUAACACCCCCGUAUCCAGGAUACUAUUUCGUGGAACUUCGGGAAUAUUUCUAUAAAAUCUUCUGGCACUCCAUCAUUGUUUGGGAAAUCACUAUAGUCGGAAUAGUCGCUCAUGAUUGUAUGUUUGUGA